UCCAAGAAAAUGAUGCUGAUGCUCAUUAAUUUAUUAUAAAUAAAUGUAGCACACAGCUCAAUUCCUGUACAAAAUAAUUUCCUCGUUCAUCUCUCUGUUAAGAUCGUCAAAUCCUCCAAACUACAACCACAAUCCAUGGCCACAAUCAAGCUCCACGCAUUCGUCAUGUCGGCCCCGGCGCAGCGAGUCUUCGCUACCCUCUACGAGAAAGACCUCCCGUUUGAGCUUAUUCCCGUCGACAUUCGCUCCGGCGAGAACAAGAAACAACCUUACCUUUCCCUUAACCCUUUCGGCCAAAUCCCAGCCCUUGAAGAUGGGGAUCUGAAGCUCUUCGAAUCGAGGGCGAUUACGCGGUACCUCUCGCACGCUUACGCCGACAGGGGGACCCAGCUGAUAUUUGAGGACUCGAAGAAGAUGGCGGUGAUGGCGUCGUGGGUGGAGGCGGAGGCGCACCAGUUCGACCCGGCGGCGUUGAAGCUGGCCUGGGAGCUCGUUUUCAAGCCGAUGUUCGGCCAGCAGACGGACCACGCGGCGGUGGAGGAGAUCGAGGCGAAACUGGAGAACGUUCUGGAGAUCUACGAGGCGCGGCUGGCCGAGUCCAAGUACUUGGGCGGCGACAGCUUCAGCUUGGCGGACCUCCACCACUGCCCCCUGAUUCAGUACCUGAUGGGUAGCCCGGCGAAGCGGUUGUUCGAGUCGCGGCCCAGAGUCAGCGCCUGGUGCGCCGAUAUCCUGGACAGGCCGGCUUGGUUGAAGGUGGUGGCACUGAAAACCAGCCACUGAAGCGGUGGUAUCUAUGGAGUGCAAUUUUGUUCACCCCCUUUGACGGGGUGAACAUCACUCUCACAAAAUUUUGAGGGUGAAAAAGCAACGGAAUGGCCUGAAUUAAUUAAUUGUCGUUCCGUUGUUUUUCUACCCUCACAAUUUUUGUGAGGGUGAUGUUCACCCCAUUAAAAUGGGUGAACAAAAUCGCACUCGUAUCUAUGGGAGGGAAUCAUUAUCGCCGUGCACACGUGAAUCAAUUUUCUAUUAUGUUUAGGGAAAUUCUAUUAAGAGCAACGGUUUUACUUUUCGCAGUUAUAUUUUAAUAUAUUUAAAAUAUUUUAUUUUGAAAAGUCAUUUUUACCUUUA